CCAUCUCCCCUUCCAAUGCUGGCUUCUAUACCCGGAUAUCUCCGGAAGCAGGCACAUAGUUAAGAUACCAUCAGAAGAACAUUGCACCACCUCUCCAUUCAAACCAUCCCCCACCCCCCUCCCCUUUCUUUUAACCCCACCAAAAAAAUGCCCCACCACAAGCGCGCCGAGCUCCUCGAAGCCGCAACAGCGUUCUGCUCGAGCUUCGCGCAGAAGAAGCCGCUCGACGAGAUCCUCAGCCACUUCUCCUCCUCCUCCUCCUCCUCCUCCUCCUCCUCCUCCUCCUCCUCUCCAGACAUCCUCGCCUACGAGCACGGCCUGAAGGAGCUGGCGCCCUUCCUCGGCCGCGAGUUCCGCGGGCGCGCCGGCGUGCGCUUGUACUUCGAGACCGUCGCCUCCUUCCUCAACUACGAGGACAUGCGCUUCGCCGACUAUGUCGUCGACGCUGCGGAGGACCGUGUCGCCGUGCGGGGCACCGCCACGUUCACCUGGGUCGCCACCGGCGAGAGCUGGGGCGAGGUUUUCGCGUAUGCGCUGAAGUUCGACGAGGGGCGCAAGGUGACGCGGUAUGAGAUCUGGGCCGAUUCCGGCGCGGCGUAUCUUGCGAGCAAGGGCCAGUUGCAGAGGUUAAGGGAUGAGAAAGCAGGAUAAGUUAGCUUCAGUGUACUGGGGUGAGGAUUACCUUCAUGACAUUGUCACUCAGACAACAAUUGGCCAGAUUCCAAAUCAUUGGGUGAUUUUUAAGAAACAAUACCAAGAGAUAGAUAGGUACCUAAUGAUGCAUGCCUUUUAAGAUGAGUUGUGAUUUCAUGAUUAGGUCUCUAAAGACCUACCUAUGUGAGUCCUCAGCAGAUUCAAUCCCAAUGCCGUAACCUGUAACC